ACGUCGUUGCACUCCCAGCCUCUCUCUGUAUACCAAAAGCAAGUGCCAUUGUCGAGCUUCUCCUUCCCUCGUGACUCGCCGUCCGAUAUGUACUCUUCAGUCACACUUCCUUUCCUCUGCUUAGUGCUGAUCCAGCUGCUAGGUGCUCUCGGCGGCGGCGGACCGACGGGAUGCGGGUUCUCGGCGAUUUUCAACUUCGGGGACUCGAACUCGGACACCGGAGCGAUAUCCGCCGCGCUUUCCGAGGUCGCUGCGCCCAACGGCGAGACCUUCUUCGGACAUCCUUCCGGGAGGUUCUGCGAUGGCCGCCUCAUCAUCGAUUUCAUCGCUGAAGAUCUUAAAUUGCCAUAUCUGAGUGCGUAUCUAGACUCGAUCGAAACAAAUUUUAGACACGGUGCAAACUUUGCGACUGGCGGCUCAUCCAUUCGGCCUGGUGGCUACAGUCCGUUCCAUCUUGGCAUCCAAAUAUCGCAGUUCAUGAGGUUCAAAUCUCGCGUCACUGACAUUUAUAAUCGGCUCAAUGUGUCCACAGAGAAGACCUCGGCAUUCGGUUACAGAAUGCCCAGGCCUCACGACUUCUCGAAGGCUCUUUACACUUUCGACAUAGGACAGAAUGAUCUUGCAUACGGCUUUCAACAUUCGGCGGUGGAGCAAGUCAUAGCCUCCAUUCCUGAUAUUUUGAGCCAGUUCUCUCAGGCAGUGCGUCAACUCUAUGAGGAAGGGGCCAGAGUGUUCUGGGUACAUAACACCGGUCCCAUCGGGUGCUUGCCGUACUCUAUCAUAUAUGACAACUCUAGUCUGGAUCAGAAUGGAUGUGUAAGGCCUCAAAAUGAGGUGGCUCAAGACUUCAACAAGCAGCUCAAGGACAGGAUUCUACAGCUAAGAGCACAGCUUUCGGCGGCUGUGUUCACAUACGUUGAUGUGUAUUCAGCGAAAUAUUCUUUGAUUAGUGAAGCAAAGGAUCAAGGUUUCGUUGAUCCGUCUAGCUUCUGCUGCGGCAGUUACUAUGGCUACCAUAUUGAUUGUGGCAAGAAAGCUAUAGUAAAUGGAACCGUGUACGGAAAUCCAUGUGAGGAUCCAUCGAAGCACAUAAGUUGGGAUGGCAUACACUACUCGGAGGCGGCCAACAAAUGGGUCGCGAGCCGAAUACUCGGUGGCUCUUUCUCUUACCCUGCAGUUCCAAUUAGGAAGUCUUGUCAUGCUUCAAAGAAUCCAUGACCACAAGUGGGUGGAGAACCAGCUUUAGUAUAUUAGGAGUUACCAUACAGGAUACAUCCCAGCAGUAUUUUACUUUUGGAUAUGACAUGCUAGAGUUGGAAUGUAGUUAUUCCUCAGAGAUGCUUAUAUGUGAAGUUUAUUUGUGUUUAAUCAUGUAUUCCGUGAGGUCACAACGUAGUUAUUGGAUUUAGAACAGCAUAAUUAUUUGGGUUUAUCUUCCCUGAAAUCU